AUGUCGUCCUGGUGGUGGGAUCAGUGGUCCCUGUUGAGCCCAAACGGUACCGUUGGUUCUAGCGGCCUUGACAACAAGGCCUGCUUCAACAGCUCAACGAAUACGGUCCUGAAGGGAGGUCAAUUUGGGGGUGUGCCUGUUGUGUUGCUGCUCAACUUCAGCUUCUUUUUGGUGUUGCUGAUCGUGUUCUCAAUCAUACGGAGGAAGUUCUGGGAUUAUGGACGUCUUGCGCUUGUUGCAGACAAUGAAGGGGUCACUGAGUCAGGACACCAACGUUAUAGACACAUGUCGUCUUGCGUGUCGACCGGAGAGGACCUCGAGUACGAAAUGGGCUUCUGUUCAUGGCUGCCUUUUAUCCUCAGAAUGGACGACGAAAAGAUAAAAGCCAGAUGCGGCAGCGAUGCCGUUCACUACUUGUCCUUUCAGCGACAUCUGGUCAUCCUGCUGCUGGUCAUUACGGUCACCUCCCUCGCCAUUAUAAUGCCUGUCAACCUGACGGGUGACCUGCUGGGCAACGAUCCGCGGAGUUUUGGAAGAACGACAAUUGGGAAUCUUCAAAAGGGAAACAACUGGUUGUGGCUUCACACAGUGUUUGCUGUCCUCUAUCUUGGCCUCACUGUUGUUCUGCUGCGGCGCCACACAUCGCAAAUGAAAGGCAUGGGCCAAGACACAGCCAGAAACACCUUGUUUGUAACAUCUGUCCCUAAAACGGCGACAGAGGAGAACGUAAAGACGCAUUUCAUAGAGGCGUACCCCACCUGUCAAGUGUGUGCGGUCAACAUUGCCUAUGAUGUGGCCAAGCUCAUGCACCUUGAUAAGGAAAGGGUUCGAGCUGGGAAAAACCUGCGUUACUAUGAGCGUGUCUUGGAGAAGACAGGGCAGCGAGGAAAAAUAUAUCCCCGCAUGUGCAGUUACCUUUGUUGCUGUGCCAACUGUGAAAAAGUGGACGCGAUCGAGUACUACAGCACAAAAGAAAAAGAUCUGCUGGAAGAGGUGCGGCAGCAGGUGGAAGUGGUGCCACAGCGCCCCCUGGGGCUUGCCUUUGUCACCUUGCAAACUGAGGCCAUGGCUAAGUACAUUCUAAAAGACUUCAACGCACUCGAAUGCGGAAAUAGAAGUUGCUGUUGCGGCCGAGAGCCUCAGCCUUCGAGCAACAGCGCAAGCCUCAAAGUGAGAAAGUGGAGGGUCAGCUUCGCACCCCAUCCCAGAAACCUUUAUUGGGACCAUCUAUCCGUGCAGGGCUUCUCCUGGUUCAUGCGCUACAUAAUGCUCAACUUCCUGCUAUUCUUCCUGCUCACCUUUCUUACAACGCCCACCAUCAUCAUCAACACCAUGGACAAGUUCAACGUCACCAUGCCCCUCUACUAUCUGAAUAGCCCGAUUAUCAGUCAGUUCUUUCCCACGUUCCUGCUGUGGUGCUUCUCCGCACUGUUGCCCACUAUUGUCUACUACUCCACGCUGGGGGAGGCACACUGGAGCAGGUCCAGCGAGCAGCUGAGCAUGAUGCACAAGCUAUACUUCUUCCUGCUAUUCAUGGUGCUCAUCCUCCCGUCGCUAGGACUCACCAGUCUCGCCUUGUUUUUCCGCUGGCUAUUUGACAAAGAGUUUCUCACAGAUGGGAAGACGAGGUUUGAAUGUGUGUUCUUACCUGACCAAGGGGCGUUUUUCGUCAACUACGUGAUCGCAGCCGCCCUGGUGGGCUCGGCCAUGGAUCUGUUGCGGCUUCCUGGUUUGCUGCUUUACACCAUCCGCCUAGCAAUCGCACACUCGGCCGCUGAAAGGAAAUACGUCAAACAGAACCAAGCCUAUGAGUUUGAAUACGGCGCAAUGUAUGGCUGGAUCCUUUGUGUGUUUACUGUCAUCAUGGCAUACAGUGUCAUUUGUCCCAUUAUUGUGCCUUUUGGUCUCCUAUACAUGACACUGAAGCACCUGGUGGACAAGCACAACUUGUAUUUCGCCUACUUGCCAACACGUCUUAACCGCCAAGUCCACCUGAAGGCAGUUAAUCAAGCUCUGGCCGCACCAAUCAUUUGCCUAAUAUGGCUUUAUUUCUUUUCCGUCCUCAGAACAGGUUUCCGGACACCCACUUCCCUGUUUACACUUGUUGUGCUCGUCAUCACAGUCUUCAUCUGCCUCAGCUAUACCUGUUUUGGCCAUUUUAAAUACCUCAGUCCACAUAAUUAUGUGGUUAAGGAAGAAGAUGAGGACACAACUGCGGCUGGAGAGGACAACACCAUGGUUUACCUUCCCAGAGUGCUAAAUCCUAAAUCCUCAGCAGGGACUCCAAAGUUCGCGCCGACCCAUCAGUCGUACGGUUCCACAGAGGACAGCCAAGAAUGCAGCACCAGUUCUGUGCAGCAAAGACUGCACUUCAUGAGAGUGCUCAGGAAGGAGCAACUCGACACCAACCUGCUGGUGACCUUCGACCAGUCAUCCAUUAAGAGUCUGCUGACUUAUGCUGUGCCAGUGUGGCACUCAAGCUGCACAGAAGCAGGUAGUAGAAGACUGCAGAGGGUGAUCAAAACAGUACAGAUGGUCAUCAGCUGCCCCCUUCCUCCCUUGUCCACCAUGUUAAACUCUGUGCCUAGGAAGGACAAGAAGCAUCAUAAGAGACUAUGUAAAGCCUAUCUUCCACCUCUUCAACCUGUUGCCCUCUGA